AUUCACGAACAAAAGUGAAGUGGAGAUGUCAGCGCAGUCCUGCUUGCGCGUAGGCAGUCCGAAGCCAAAACCGAGACGGCUACAUCCACAACCACCUGCCGAGAGAGAUACAAAUGAGCAGCUCAUACUAAAGCUUCUCAGUCAACUUUCAUCUGUUGCUGUUGAUGAACUUGCAGAAUACAUCUGCAAGAAGGAGCAGGCUGGUCAAAAUGGCUUCCCUGCAGACUUUAAAACUCUCCCAGAUGGCCGGCCAUGCCCAGCAACCGUUGCCAAGAAACCGCAAAAUAAGACAAAGAACUUUUCUGCGGAAAUCAUUGCCUAUGACCAUUCACGUGUCGUGUUGGAAGCACUGAAGAAUGAUCCUCACUCUGACUAUAUAAACGCCUGCUACAUUGAUGGUAUUUUAGAGAAAGACAAGUAUAUUGCCACCCAAGGACCCACCAGUUCGACCGUAGGCGAUUUCUGGCGCAUGGUAUGGCAACUGAAAGUGGAUAAGAUCAUUAUGCUCACCAAUCUGACGGAGGGUGGCGAGGUCAAAUGUCAUCAAUACUGGCCAGAUACCGGAUUCGCCACUUAUCUCAACAUUGCCGUAAACGUCAUCAAAGAAGAUGUGUUCCCAGACUACAAAGUGCGUGAUUUCCAAAUAGCUCAGGUUUUCAGUGAAGAUAAAAAUCGCGUAGUGAAGCAGUUUCACUUCACUGCCUGGCCAGAUCUGCAACCACCAGAGGACCCAUCUAAUCUGCUCCACUUUGUGCGUAAAGUGAACGCUAAGAGAAACAACGGAGGAACUAUUGUGCAUUGCAGUAACGGAGUCGGCCGUACAGGGACAUACAUUGCCCUGGACUCCAUGCUAGAUCAGAUGCAGAAGGAGCGACGCGUUGAUGUGCUUGGCUUCAUUUAUCGCAUGAGACAAAAAAGAACCAAGAUGGUACAAACUCCGGCGCAAUAUCGAUUCAUCUUUGACGCUUUGUUGGCGGCCUCCAAUGCUGAUGACGCACUGAACUAGAACACAUCGAGGGACUUCAGAAAAAGGAAGAAAUAACCUGUGUAUACUGGUCAGGAAGUAAUUUGAGGGGUGGGCCCUGCUGGUAAGAUGAUACCUAAGCAUACUAUAGCAUUUGUUGUUGAGGGACUCGGUCUGUUUCCUCUGAACGUAUAAGUGAAAAGGGGUUGUGUUUGGCCAGCUGCAAAGCAAAUACGGGCCUAUGAAAUACCUAUUUCCGUCAGUCUGUCAAUCAUACUAAUAAAUAAAUUGAACUCGGAAUUAUUAAUACAUAAUGCUAUUGUUGUGUUGUAAAAAUACAUAUACCAGUCAAAACUUUAGCCUGCUCUAUUUAAUACCCACUUGCAGGUCUGUGUCAAUAUAUGUGCAGGGGACGGGAGACAGAAUAGGAUGAUAGGCGGGGUGCGACGGAGAUAUAUAGGUGGGAUGAUGUGCGGAGGCGUAUUAGGAGAUAGAUGGGAUGGGGUGGUGUGGGGGAUGGAUGGGACGAUGGGUGGAGGAGGGCAAGGGGAUGGACAGGACCCUAGGAAGGAGGAGAAAUAGAGGGGUAGUUGAUAGAUUAGGAUGAUGGGUGCUAGGCAGAGGAAGGGUGGAUGGGAAGGGGGGAGUAGGACUAGGAGAUGGAUGGGACCCUGGGAAGGAGGAGGAGUAGUAGUUGAUAGAUUAAGGUAAUAGGUGGAGGCAGAGGGGGUGACGGGUGGGAUGAAGGGGGAG